GGGCAGGGACGGGCAGCGGGAGCGGAGCGCAGCCCGCAGCGGGGACCCGCCGUGCUGCUGCCGCUCGGUCCCGAAAACCCUCCCGUGGCCAUGGCGCUGGUGAAGAGCGGCUGGCUUUGGCGGCAGAGCUCCAUCCUGCGCCGCUGGAAGAGGAACUGGUUCGUGCUCUACCUGGACGGCAGCUUGGUCUACUACCACGACGAGACGCAGCGCGACAUGGACGGCCGCAUCCACGUCAAGUUCAGCUGCCGGGACGUGAGGACCGGCCGCGAGUGCCGAGACGUGCAGCCCCCCGAGGGGAAGAGCCGCGAGUGCCUGCUGACCGUGGUGCUGCGGGACGGCUCCAAGACCACGCUGUGCGCCGAGAGCGAGGACGACGCCGUCGCUUGGAAGAUGGCCGUGCUGGAGGCGAAAUCCACCCCGGUGCACGUCUACGACCCCUAUGACGACGACUACUACCAGACGGUGCCCAUCGACUCCCACCAGACCGCCUACAUCAGCUCCGGCCACUACGGCCACCAGUACGGAGCCCCCAGGGUGACCCACGUCAUCGUGCGGGAGGACCCCUACCGCGUCUCCGGGGACCAGAUGGCCUUGGGGCUGCUGGCGGGGGCCGCCACCGGCGCCGCCCUGGGCUCCUUCAUGUGGAUGCCCUGCUGGUUUUAGCACCCCCACACCCCGCAGGAUGCGGCCCCUUUGCUUCCCCAUCCCGCCCGCUCCCGGCUUUUGCAUCCAAGAACCCGCACGCGGCUCCAGGGACCCGAAAUCCUAAGCCAAGACCCGAAGCUGCCCCCGGCACGCCGCCACCACCCCCCCGGCACCGCUCACCACCCCAAAACCUCCAGGUGCCGGGAGCAAAACCUUGGGUUUGGGGACGGUGGGAGGGGUGCUGCACCCACCAGCAAUUUCCAGGAGGUAGGUAAAUUUUCUUGCAAAAUUGCUUUUUUUUUUUUUUUUUUUGAGGGUCUUUUAGGGGGAUCCUGCACCGCAGCGGGAUGCUCAGUGCUGCUUUCCCCCAGAGCAGGGGGUUUAUGGCACAAAACCUCCCCUGGGGACAGGAGAAGCAAAGCCACAACUGCCCCUGGGCACCAGGGUGGGACACGGGCACCAAAUGCUGCGAGGGGGAAGCAGGAGGGGGCUCCAGAGCCCGCUCUGUGUGGCUGCAGAAGGAUUAAGGGGGGGGAAUGAGAACCUGGAAGGAUUUCCACCCUCACCCCAAAACCAGAGAGCCCUGGCCCCACUCUGCAUCACCCCACACACAGGCGAGCACCCCAAGGGCUUCGUCCAGCCCCUGUCGGCUUUCAGCCUUGCACCAGCCCCUGGGGCUGACCGAGCUCAGGAAUUGGGGCCAAACCCCUGAGAAUUGGGGCCAAACCCCUGGGAAUUGGGGCCAAAGCCCCAAGGAUUGGGGCUGGAAGAGCCCCCAGGCACACUGGGGGGGACAGCACCACGCAGCAGUGGCUCGGGGGGGACACGCGCAGCACCGAGGGUUUUGGGAAGGGGAAGCAUCAGGAGGCAAAGGCGCCGCUCGCCGGGCCCCGAGCCCCUUUGUGGCAGCCAAGCCGUGGGUUCAAAAAGGGUUUGGGGUGUGGGGACGGCCACCUGUGGUGGCCCCAAUGUGGGGUGGUGGCCCCAAUGUGGGGUGGUGGCCCCAAUGUGGGGUGGUGGCACCAAGGGGGUCUCCUUUUUGCGCGGGGCAGCACCAGGCAGACACUGGGACAUCGCUGCUCGAGGCGAGUCCUCGUCCUGGAGCCACCUCUGACAUUAAACGAGGAGCUCAAGAAUCACAGAAACAAACAAACAAAAAAAACCCCAAAAUUUAGAAACCCAACAGCGCCCCGGUUCUUGCUGUCGAAGCUUCGGCUCCUGGGGGCUUUGCUUUCUCUGCCCCAGACCACCCCAUCCCCGCACCUAUUCCUCCACGCCGGGGGUCGGGAUGUCCCCAAACGCCCCCCGCCUCAUCCCCCCCCACCCUGGCCUCCCUCGCGUCGCUACUGCUGCAAACCCCGUCCUGCGAAGUGCAUCGAGGUUUGGAGAAAAAAAAAAAAAAAACAAACAGAAAAAAACCCCAAAGGCUAACUAAUAAAGGCGGCCAAACCC